AUGGCUGACAUAACAUAUGUGUUGCGAUUUAGCGGAAUAGCAACAAUUGUUGAUGUUUCCGAUGGUAAGACACCUCGAAAAUGUUUAAGUAAAAAGGUAGACAAAUCGAGUGAAAAUGAUGUUUUCAGAAGCGAUGAUCCCGAUGAGUUGUUAGAAUUUAAACACGAUGAACUAGAGGAAUUAGAACAGCAAAUUACGAUCAGUUCGUUAGACGAGAAUAUUGGACUCGCGAACCAAACCUUUGGGGGAACUUUAAGCGACUGGGGCAUUCAUUAUAUCAAUGAAAAUCCUGGAUGCACUAAUACUAAAGAAGAAGCACACCGAAACCUUGGCGUUGAACUUGAUAUCCUCUUUAACGAACUGCCGAAAAAAAGUCGUCCUUAUACUAAAGUGGUCACCUAG